UUCUCACCAAAAAAGUCACAUCAGCGUUGUCGUUAUUUAUCCCCGUUGGCUGCCGCCCUGACGCCGGGCCCCGGGGUCAUGAACUCGUUCUCUUUCACGGUUGUCUCAAACCUCCCCACGUCUCCAGCGUCCCUCCCCGACGGCGAGCUUUCAUUCUUUACAGCAGAGUUUUUUACUCUAUCCGCUCUUUUACUACAACCGCCUAUACAGCAUUCGCCUGUCGACCAGUUGCGCUUGAAAACAUACUCGCGUUCACUUCGGAUUUAGGACAUUCAAGGAAGAACAAGUCACCAGAGCAAAACAAGGGUUGAGCCUCAGUAGUAGCCAAUUAUACCAUUCACGCCAAAACCACCAUCUAUUACUUCUCUUCUCAAAGCAACCUCCAGCAUCAACAGCCACAAUGCGCUUCAACUCGAUCACCGCCGCGGCCUGCCUCGUCGUCGCAACGAGCGCCCUCAACUCUUCGCCCGAGGCCAUCUUUGGCUACUCCAACAUCGAGGCCCGCGCCGACAACAACACCGUCUACGUCCCGACCCAGACUCUCUGCGGUAUGGGUGACACCUGCGCCCAGGCUUGUGGUGCUAGCUUCGACAUGUGCCCGUCCAACGACGAGUCAAUCCACUGCUUUGACAAGCAGAACCAGAAGUGCUGCCCCGGCGGCAAGGGUGUGUCAUGUGACGCGGGAUUCUUCUGCGCUGCCAACGCCAAGGGCGAGCAGAUUUGCUGCCCCGAGGGCAAGCCCCUUGACCAGUGUGCCGGUGCCGUCUCUUCUCUGGCUCCGGUCCCGCUUUCGACCGCUGCCCCGACCACCUCCGCUGCCGUCACCAAGAACGUGACCAUCGCCACCACCGGUGCUGUUGUCAAGUCCACGGCUCUUCCGUCCGGCACUGCCCAGGCCACGGGUGUCGUCCCCACCAAGAGUGUUUCUGGUGGCUCUGGCAGUGGCCCUGCCCCGACCAGCGACUCGUCGCCGUCUCCCAUCCCGGUCGGCGGUGCCGCCAGCGCUGUUGCUCCCGCCGGCAUGGUCGUCCUGGCCUUUGCUGGUCUUGCUGCUCUUCUGUAAGCUGGAGGAUGGACGAACCAGUUGAAAGCAGACAAAGAUACCAAAAGAGUCUCAUCAUCUUCAUCCGGAGCACGCCUGAGUAGUGCCGCUUAGAGGAACACGGCAGGAUUCAUGAUGUGUCAGCGAACAAUUCUACGUGGGGAAUGAGGUUUUUUUUUACGAGACACGAAAGUCAAAAGGAUAAUCGCGCUGUUUCUGGUUUUUGUUGAGGUUAGGAUACCCCGAGCCUUUGCUCAAGCGAGAUACCCAUGAUGCGCAAAACACAAUAAUCACAACAUAAAAACCCCAUUUAUGACCUGAACUACCGACAUACCUCCUACAUCUUCCAUCCGCCCCCACUUUUCCAGUCACGGAACACAAAAAAACCUCUCGUUUGUCACUUUUGCGCUGCUUGCUACAUAUUGGGGGGGCAUCUGGUCCACGUAUAGGGACAUGCCUGAGCAGUUGGGUUGGCAUUGUUAAUGUCCGUGUGUCAAACAACAGUUAAUGGGAUGGACUUUAUGGGCCCGGGGAGUUGGUGCGAUCAUUUUGCGGUUUUUGUUUCAUGGGACUUGUUCUUCUUGCUUGCUUUUUUUUUUCACCGUCGCUGGCAAUAUUGACGCGGGACAUCUUUUUUCAUCUUUUUGAACCAAGUACCACUUGAAGUGCAUUUUGGAGUCGAGCAUUCGGAUUCGUCGUUUAACUUCUACUUUUUGAUAUUCUACUUCACCUGAGGUGUAAAACUUUUAACUUAGCUUUUGACAAGAGGGGCGCUGAGAGCUCAUUGCACAUGAUUUUUUAUCUUUGGUCCACCUUGCCAAGUCCACUGCAGGCGAUAUUCUGU